AGAUGAGACAAUGCGUGAUGCAUCUGAUGAGCCCCAGAUUACUGAUGGAGCUGCUACGAAGAAGAAAAGUAGGCCAAGAGGUCCUACAAAAGGGAUACGUUCCAAACCCGGCAUUCAGAGAGUUCUUGCUUGGGAUGAGUGGAUACGUCCGAUUGGGCGCUAUGCUGUUGAGUACAAGAUUUAUUGUGGGGAGAUCAGUAGAAGCAAAGUGUCUAUCUUGUACGACACUUGGGAUGAUGUUCCAGAAGGCACGAAAAACACUUUGUGGGAAGAUGCUAAAAGAGAAUUUGGAAUAGAAGAAGAUGUUUUGAAGAAACGAGAUGUCUUGACUACAUGUGAUAAACGGUGGAGAGAUUUCAAGUCAAGAUUGGUGACCAGAUGGAUCACGAAAACGAGGAAGGGGCCUAACAAUGAUAGGCUACCAUACGUGAUGUAUCCUUUCAUCACACGAGAGAUAGGGACCAGUUUGUACAAAAAUGUAGCUCUAAGGAGUUCCAGGCAAAAAGUGCAAAAGCAAGAAUCUCUCAGGCUGCUAACAAGCAUCCUCAUUUUUUGGGCCAAAAAUCAUAUGCGGAGAUGAUUCCCAUUUGGCAAAGCAGAGGGUAUAUCCCUUCCGCUACAGCAUCAUCUGUUGACUCUUCUACAUCAUCAGUGAUUUCCUCCUUGCCGGAUCGGACAUUGCCUUGGCUUCUCGCGAGAUCGAAAAAAGAUAAGGAUGGAAAUUUCUUCUUUCCUAAUGAAGAAACACAGAAGAUAAAA